GUUAAAAUAGCUCUCUCUCUGAUUUCAGGCCGUCAUUCGACCAGUUAGUUGUCUGGACCGCCGCCUCAGUCCGUUCUUUAGCUUUUUCGUGACCAUCCUUCAUUCAUAAAGUGUCGACGACGAGCUUUGGUUACGAAGGGCUUUGAGAGGCACUCUGUACUGGAGGUUCAAAUUCCAUCUAACUGCAUUGAAAACCACAGAGAAUGACUAAAUUUGCUGGAACAUAAAAAGAGCAAGAGUUUUCACAUCCGUCAUAGCUUACCAGUCGUUCCUAGUCUAAACGUAUGAGCACGACGAGAGACGUGUUGGGACCAAAGCAGCUGACGCCUAGUUUUUGACGAAACUUGAAAUCACACCAUGAAAUAUAUCGCUGCGAUGCGAAAUUUGGGAGUGAUUUUACUCCUAGCAACAAUUGCAAAGGCUUACGACGUAAAAGUCCCAAUUCCUACAUAUGGGAAAUGUAUCUGGUAUGGCAUGUGUGAGCCGAACCCCAACAAGCCAGAGAAAAUGCUGAACUGCGCCUACGACGGAGAAGCCAAGCCUCUCCUGGACUCGAAAAGCAUCGAACUGCUUGAAGAGCACUGUCCCAGCCUAAUGGACGAAAUAAGAAAAGAAGACGGGACCUUCGACACCUGUUGUGACAAAGACAACAUAGCAGACAUGACAGGCGAAUUCUCCAAACUAGAGGGCGUCUUCAAGCCAUGUCCCGCCUGCCUCGACAACCUCAAGAAGAACUUCUGUUACUUUACGUGUCACCCGCACCAUUCGACCUUCCUCGUCCCAACCGAACUGUAUACUGGGAAUGAUUCUACUAAAACGUCUGUGUGGACAACGGACUACUACAUUGCGGACGAAUACUCCAGUUCCACCUACAGCUCCUGUGACCACGUGUAUUACGCAGCCAUCGACUCUCUGGCCAUCAACUUCGUGUGCGGAGGUUAUGGAGACGACUGUGAUGAUCACAAGCUUUUCUCGUUCUUCGGGAACAACACCUUCGCUCCAUUCGACAUCGUCUACAAAUGGAUAGACAGUCCCCAGGAGGUAGAAACAAUAUACAACCGCAUAAUAACUGUCACUCCUUUCAAUGUCAGUACAACGCCGUGUGGUACCGAGGACGAAAAUUUGAGAUGCCAAUGUUCAGACUGCAGAGACUCGUGCCCCGUUUUCCCAGAACCAGAGCCGGGGUACCACAUACCCAUGAUUGGAGAACUAGAUGCCCUAACUUUCUCCCUAAUCAUCAUUUAUGGCAUGAUGGUCAUCGCUAUUCUGACUUUCGCUUGCUUCUGGCGACAUCAUAAGAGCCCCAGUGAAGAAGCCGUUCUUCAGCAAUUCCUGCACAACGCAAAACCAUCUUUCAUCGAAAGACUGACGGCAACUAAUGAGAAACACAUAGCUCAUUGUUUCACCCAAUUCGCCACACUUGUGGCCAAAUACCCCGUUACUUUUAUGCUGCUGUCAAUAGUACCGAUAGUUGCUCUUUCUGUGGGGAUUAUGAAUCUUGAGGUCACUACGGACCCUGUAGAUUUGUGGGCGUCACCAACUUCGAGAUCAAGACUGGAGAAAGACUACUUUGAUGCUCAUUUUUCACCCUUUUUCCGGACGACUCAGCUAAUCAUCGUUCCAAAAGGAUAUGAGCCGUUUACCAUCGUUAUCGAGGACGAACUGACGAAACUCAAGAAGAAUUAUACCUUCGGUGCUCCGUUCAACGAAACCUUCUUGCAGGACGUUAUGACUCUUCAGAACCAAAUACUUGAGCUGGUGGCCGAAUAUGACGGCGAGAACGUCACGAUGAAUGACGUGUGUGUGAAACCUCUGUAUCCACAAAAAGACUUCUGUUUGGUGCAAAGUGUGCUGAAUUUCUGGCAAAAUAACCUAACAGUAUUGGAUGAGAGUAUCGACAACGGGAAGUACUCGAAACACCUUCUUGACUGCUUCAGGAAUCCUACCAACAACGACCCAUUUAAUAACUGUCUGGGAACUUACGGCGGACCUGUACUUCCUUACACGGCCGUCGGAGGAUUUUUGGAUGACAACGAUACCCUCGCGGAGAACCCCCGUUACUGGGAGGCCACGGCUUUAGUGAUCACUAUGCCCCUGACGAAUUACCUCAAGGUCAAGGGAGGCGACAAUUUCGAACUGGAGCGUGUGAAAGCUUGGGAAAAAGUGUUCAUCAAGUUCAUGGAGAGAGCCAUAGCCGAGGACAACUUGACGUCCACCAUGGACAUCGCCUACAGUUCGGAGCGCUCCAUCGAAGACGAACUGGUGGAAGAGAGCGUCAAUGACGUCGUUACUAUUGCCAUAAGUUACACUAUCAUGUUCCUCUACAUCACGCUGGCGCUUGGAAAGCUCACCAAGGACUGCGGAGGAAUCCUGGUCGAAAGCAAGAUAACGGUAGGCCUCGGCGGCGUCUUCAUCGUCCUGUUAUCCGUAGCUGGCUCACUCGGAUUCUACGGUUUGGUUCGCGUAAAGGCUACGCUCUUUGUUAUUGAGGUUGUCCCCUUUCUGGUCCUGGCUGUGGGAACGGAUAACAUUUUCAUCUUGGUCCAGACGUGGCAAAGGACGCCGAGAAAGAAGGGUGAGACGUCAGAGCAACAUGUUGGACGCGUGGUUGGCAAAGUUGCCCCGUCCAUGUUGCUUUCCACGUGCGCUGAAACGCUAUGCUUUUUCCUUGGCGGUUUAUCGGACAUGCCUGCCGUGUACGCUUUCGCCUUGUAUGCUGCUCUUGCCCUCCUCAUCGACUUCUUCCUGCAGAUGACCUGCUUCGUUGCGUUGCUGAGUCUGGAUGCAAAGAGGAUAGAGUCCAACCGCCUCGACGUCAUGUGCUGCGUGAAGAGAAGUUCGAAAAAAGCAACUGAAGACGACAAGAGUGAUGACGCUUCAUGCUGCUACAAUAUAUUCCAGCACGUUUAUGCUCCAUUUGUACUGACCGACAUUGUCCGCUUCAUCGUUCUGGUGGCCUUCCUCGGGGUGUUCUUCGCAUCGGUGUCGAUGAGUCAGCAUUUGUCAGUGGGACUCGAACAGGAUAUAUCGAUGUCUAAGGGAUCUUCCGUUCUCAAGUACUUCCAGUACCUGAACAAAUACCUCUCUGUCGGUCCUCCUGUGUACUUCGUGGUGAAAGAGGGAUACAACUACGCGGACCCCCACGAACAGAAUAUGAUCUGUGACUUCAAUGGCUGCGACGAGGACUCCAUGUUACAACAGAUAUUCAUGGCUUCGUUAGUGCCAAAUGUGACCUACAUGGCAUCUGGAGCAUCGUCGUGGAUUUCAAAUUACUUGGUCUGGAUUGCUGACCAAGUGAAGGACGAUAGUUAUAUGUCAGCUUGCUGUAGGCUAUAUCCUAACGGGUCAUUUGUCAGCACCUCCGCUGACUUCGAUAUGAAUGCCGCUGCUACGUGUCUCGAGCCGACUGAUUUCAUCAACAGCACCAUCGUGGACCGACCCAAACCCGAAAAUUUCAUGAGGCACCUGCCCGAUUUCCUGAUUGACAACCCUCAUGGAAUACUGUGUCCCAGCGCAGGUCAUCCGGCGUUCGGGGACGGUGUCGAAGUUUUGACCGAUCCCUUUUCCGGGGAGACCUUCGUCGGAGGGAAUUAUUACAUGGCCUAUCACACUAUUCUCAGAACCUCCGAGGAUUUCUACAAGGCUCUUGAAGCAGCCUACAGUCUCACCGACAGGCUCACUGAGAAUCUGAGGAACAAAACGAACUUCUCCCAAGAUAUCGAGGUCUUCCCUUACAGCAUCUUCUACGUCUACUACGAGCAGUACCUCACCAUGUGGGAGGACACGGGAAUCAGCCUGGCCAUCUCCGUCGGGUCGGUCUUCGCCGUCAUGCUCGUCCUGACCUUCGACCUGACGUCCUCCCUCAUCAUCCUCCUGACCAUCUGCAUGAUCACGGCCGAUAUGAUGGGCAUGAUGUACCUCUGGAACAUCGACCUCAACGCCGUCUCGCUUGUCAAUCUGGUGAUGUGCGUCGGCAUAUCCGUGGAAUUCUGCAGUCACGUGACCCACGCCUUUGCGACGUCCACGGAACCAACGAGACUGAAGCGCUCUUACGAGGCUUUGGCCAACAUGGGAUCUUCCGUAUUCUCAGGAAUCACGCUGACCAAAUUCGGUGGCAUCAUCGUCCUGGCCUUCGCCAAGUCCCAGAUCUUCCAGAUUUUCUACUUCCGGAUGUAUCUGGGGAUGGUCAUCUUUGGCGCGGCUCACGGCCUCAUCUUCCUGCCAGUCCUGCUCUCCAUUUGCGGACCCUCGGUCAACAAGCAACUACUGAAGGAGAAGCUUGAGAAAGAGCGAACAUUGAAGGGGACUACAAAUGCUGCGUUUGACGCUGCCACCCACUUUUAAGUGCAUUUCCCACAUACAGGAAAUCUCCAAAGUCCUCGUAGAGAAGAAAGGCGAGUUAAUCUCUAUUAGUGAAAACAGAUGAUGAUAUCUAUAAUAUACCUCGAAAAAAUGUAAAGAAUAAUGGCAGAAUCUACUAUGUUCGGGAGAAUUGGAGCAGAUUCUCAGGAAUUUGUCUCUUCAUUUUCGCAAAAUUUCCGAUCAGCUUAAAAACGAUUUGUUGCAAAACUCGGCAGUGGAAGUGAGCUUGAACAAAGCAGUGUGGAAUUACCUUACAGGUUAUUGUCAAGCAGGGAACAAUAUACAGUAAUGGGAAAUUUACCGUGUGGAAUUUGGCGAGGAUGAGCUGAGGUAGUUAGAAGGAAUGUCUGAGGCCUGAAGAGAAUGUGUUUUUAGCUAGUCACCGUUUGUGUUAUUAGUGUGGUGUGUAAUUAUAAGUUAUCUAAUUUGUGAUACAAGUAGAUAUUGGUAUAUAUAUAUAUAUAUAUAUAUAUAUAUAUAUUGUGCAUGUAUGUAUAUACGUAUUAUUAUUAUUUCCCUUUGUUUAUGUAUCAUUUCCAAAUAGUUCAACGACAUUCAUUUGAAUAUAUAUGAUAAGAUUAUUUAGUAGUUUGAUGUAUUAUUAUCAUAAAUAUUAAUAUUACUCUAUGAUUUAGUGUAAAGAAUACAGUGAACAUUGAUAGCCCAAAAAGAGUCAGACUAUAUUUUGUCAGCAAUCUAGAGUUGAAUGAACAAGAGGUAUUGGAUGUGAAAUUUUCAUAAGCGGUAUAAAGUCAUAUUUAGUCCAUUUCAUCUGUUUGUUUCACGAAUGCUUCUCUAAAGACUGAAGAUUAUCGAGACAUUGUUGCUAGAUAUUAUUUGUGCUUCGGUAACGCAGCAAGCAAGCAAGAAGUACGAGGUGAAAAAGACUGAAGUAGGUUGAAGUAGGUUGAAGAUGGCCUUGGAAAGUGCCCAAGAUGUGGAAGGAACGUAGACUUCUGAACUGAGGUUGAAAUAGCUUUGCCCUGAUAUCAUGAAAAUUAUUAUGGCAUUAUUUGAGUGUGGUGAUCGUAUUUGUACCUACGUUUUCCGUCUUCUGAGUCAAGAUCAGAUUCCUUGGAAAAUCCAUAAUUCAGAAUCGGGAGUGACAACAGAAUGAUCAUAUCACCGUUGGUUAUGUUCCAUUGGCGAGCGAAAGAAAAGUAUCAUAAGACGUUACUCAAUAAAGUAAUUGAUAGUU